ACGCUUGUUUGUGGGAUUAUUUCCCUCCCAAAGGCAAGCAGAUAGAUGUACUGGGGCCCCACCCAGGGUCAAGAAUCCUGCGUGACACUGGAUAUCUCCCCUUCUGUGCCCUGAAGCCAGCCUACAUCCCUCACCUCCCUUCUCUCCAUCUAGUCCUGGACCUACUGCCUGCUAUCCUAUUGUCUUCCUGCCCAGGGACAUCUCAGCCAGGAUGACCAGUGCUUGCUGCCGCUCUGCCAAAGGCCCCAGAGUAGGUGCCUUGGCGAGCCCUGGCCUCGCCCUCCUCCUGUCCCUCACUGCUCACUGCUCUAGUCCCCGGGCUGAGGGCGUCCUCCAGGGAGGGCUGGAUGUCAGCGAGGUCGACCCGUGGGCCAGGGCCAAUGCCGCCCUCCUGCAAGAUUUCUGGUGCCAGCCAGCUGGCCAGCUGCCACGGGAGCAGCUCUCUGCUCUGCUCAGGAGCCUGGCAUCACAGCACGUCCCACUCCAAGCCUGGCAGCUCAGCUGCUUGGCCAACCUUGCCUCCCAGCUCAGCCUACAGGAUGACUUCGCACUCCACCCACCAGACCUCCUGCUUUUCUACAACCUGAGCCAGGUGAGGGAAGCCAACUGCCGGGCCUUCACCCGCCGCGCAGCCCAGGGGAACACAGAGCUGUUGGCUAACCUGCCUGACCAGAGGGUUGCCCUGCGGCAUACAGCCUUGGCCUGCCUGGGGGGACCCCACCUGCAGCUCAGUGCCUCAGACCUGGGGCUCCUUGGGGUCUUGGUGUGUGACAUGGAUGCAUCCAGCAUUGUGACUGCAGACUCCCAUGUGCUGCAGAACCUGUUACGCUGCCCCCGGCUGAGCACCUCCCAGCAGACUGCCUUCAACACCCUCCUGGCCAGUGGGAGAACCCAGCUUGGGACUCCCGGCUCCUGGAACCUGGAGGGGCUGCAGGCCCUGGGGCCCCUGGCAACCUACAUAAGCCCCCACCUGUGGGAACAGGUGCAGGAGGCUGUGGGCCUGGACUUCUUUCGCAGCAUGGUGGCUGCCUGCCGGGUGGGGCACCUCAGCCAGUCUGAUGCCCGGCGCUUCGUCACCAGCUUCUUGGAGUCCAAGGCCAGCUCAGUGUCCUCAAGGCCCAAGCGAGGUACAGGAAGAUCCUGCAUUCGUGGCAACAUCACAGCGGCCACACUACAGGACGACCUCUUCCUGGUGCAUUAUGACUGUGCCCAGCUGGAGUCUUGCCUGGGCAACCGCGUGCUCAGCGCCAACCUGGAUCCCCUACUGCAGCACCCACUGCCUGCUGAGUGCCAGCGUGUUGUCAAGGCCAAGCUCACUCAGAUUUACCCGCAUGGCGUGCCUGAGGACCAGCUGCACCUCAUCACCUCGCUGGUCUACCUCUACUCCUGUGCUGAGAUAGGCCAGUGGAACAUCACUUCUGGGGACACUGUGGUGGCCCUGCUGGCCUCGGAUGUGGCCCUGGAGAACCAGACAGAGGCAGUUCUCCAGAGAUUCCUGGACCACAAUGGCAUGGUCACUGGUGCCCUACUCUUGGCCAUUGGGGGUUCCCGCCUUUGCUGGAUGAGCCCCAGGCAGAUCUACACCAUCCAGCCCUCGGAGUUCCGGCUGGCUGGGGCCCCGGACCUCUCCUCUUGCCCUCAAAGCCGGAAGAAUGUGCUCUUUGCCAAGGCCCGAGAGGCCUUCAGCAACACCAGCACCACAGCUGACUACUACCGCCUCAUGCGCCCAUACCUUGGCGGUGCCCCCAUGGAGGAGCUGCAGCACCUGGCCCAGGCCAACAUCUCCAUGGACAUUGACACCUUCACCAACCUUAAUCCCCACGUGCUGCAGUGUCUGAGUGUCGGCAGUGUGACCACGCUGCUGGGCCAGAAUGUUGGGGACUUGCAGAAGGCCCGCAGCCAUCCGACUGUCAGCUCCUGGCUACGCAGCCUCAACAGGUCGGCCCUGGGUGAGCUGGGCCUGGACACCAACCUCGCCAGUGCCACCCCUGCCCAAACGACCAGAAGACUCUCCAGCACUACCUGCCCAGUGUCCCAUCUGGCCACACCCUCCAGACAGUCAGGGAACAUCAAUGCAGCCUCCACCUCAGGUAGCCCACCAGUCAACCUGGCAUACCUGUCCCUCUCAGUGGCCCUACCCUCCAGCCUUCUGUGGCUACUACUGCUUGGGCACCUCCAGGCCCAAUGUGGCAUGAUCAUGCAGCACCAGGACCCUGGCCACUGCAGACAGCUCUGACCAUGGUGACCAGCUCCAUGGGCAUCACAUACAAGAUAAACAGAGCUGUUAGAAGGAGCUGGUUGCCUGCCCAGACAAGGUACAGCCCUUUCCCAGGAGACCUGUGGUGUCCCUGUCCUAGAAGGUCUGUAGGUCUGGUCCCACAUACCUCAGCUCCCAGGACCAACAUCUCUAAGGCGAUGGGACCUGUCUAGCCACAGGCCCAGGCUGGCAGUGAGGACAAGGCCAGGCCCUCUCCAGGAUAACUGGAGUCAGGUAGAGCUCUGAUCUCACUGUCCUUGGGCGUAGAUCUGAAUAAAAGUAUAAAGCUGUCUGCUGCCCGUGUCUUUCCUGGGCCCUAGUAGGAGCACAGAGACCUUCCUCCAGACACCCUUCAGCUGGGGGCUUGGGAACAGAACUACUAUCACUUUGGGGACAAUAGCAAGCCCACCAGGAGGGCCUCAGAUAGCCCCCACUGGCUUGAAGCCACACCCUCGUGCCCAUCUUCCAAACGGUGGGAGGGGGAACUCAGUCUUGUUCACAGGUUACAAGAAGCUCCAGAGUCAUCCCCACCUGGUCCUUGGAACAGCACAGCGCUUGUCUGCAGAGGGAUGGGCUACUGUUUAUUGAGCUCAAAUGUCCUUGGGCCAGACAUUGAUCACGUGGGCCUGCUCCCACAUAGUGGAGCUCCACAAUGGGCAGGGGCCAGGGGCUUUGGGAAUGGUAGCCUCAGUUCAGAGUCCCAGCCACAAGCACAGCCCGGGUCAACGCCAGCACAAGUCCAGGUGCAAGGAGGUGGGGUCC